AUGAGUACUACGACGAACGGCACUGCACAGCAUCCAAAGACAAACAACCCCCGAACCGUAACGUGGCGGGAGAUUGCUGAAUGGCAGUUCGACAACAAGUAUAUCCUCACAGGCUAUCGACCGGAGAAGGCAGACUACCUGGAGAUAUUUACAAGCCUGACGUUUCUUCAUAACGAAACGUGCAAUGUAUACACGCAUCUAAUCGGUGCAGUGCUCUUACCGCUUGUCACACCUGUCCUCCUACGAUUGCUGGCAGAGCCUCGGUUCCUGAACGUCUCGUCCAUCGAUUAUGCCAUGUUUGGAGUUUACUUUGGGUGUGCGGAAAUAUGCUUGGUGCUGAGCGCACUCUACCACCUGAUGCAACCGCACUCGCAUCCGGUAGAGAUGUUUUGGCACGGAAUGGAUCUUCUCGGCAUCGUUAUCGUAACAGUGGGCACAUUCUCCUCCGGUAUCUACUAUGUCUUCUUCUGUGAAGCAAGACUGCAAAAGCUACAUUGGGCCAUUAUCUUAACUACAGGAACCGUCACUGGUGUUCUCAUCUCGCAUCCCCUGCUGCGAACGCCGCUCUGGCGAAAAGUCAAGGUGGGCGCCUUUGUUGUUUUUGGUGCCUCGUCAUUCAUACCCCUGCUGCAUGGAGUUCAGCGAUAUGGACUCGAAUACAUGCUACAGUACUCGGGGAUGAAAUGGUAUCUUGUCGAGCUUUCUUUCUAUGGCACCGGAGUUGGCCUUUAUGCGUUCCGAAUUCCGGAGCGUUUGGCUCCGGGGAGGUUUGACAUCUGGGGAAGCUCACACCAGAUCUUUCAUGUGGCCAUCUUAUGCGCAAUGGCCGCCCAUGUGACGGCUCUGCUGCAAGGUUUCACAACCUGCCACACACUGGAUGUAUGCAAGCUCCAGGGUGUUUAUUGA